AUGCCUGCCUCGGUCCAUUCUGAGGAUCAGUCCAUGAUGGACGUUGAUGUCCCAGAGGGUGUGGAGCCCACUGACCCUCAUCUCCUAUUGAACGAGAAGCGCAUCGUUGUACUUCCUGGUGCUUCAGAUACAGCCGCUUCGUUCCAAUUCGCCAACGAGGGUCACACUAUGGGAAACGUGCUGCGCUAUGCAAUUAUGAAGAAUCCCCUCGUCGAAUUUUGUGGAUAUACAAUCCCCCAUCCUUCCGAAGCCAAAAUGCAUUUGCGAAUUCAGACAACCGACGAGACUACCGCCCUGGAAGCUUUAGAUAAAGGACUUACCGAUAUGAUGGACCUAUGCGAUGUUGUCACCGAGAAAUUUACUCAAUCUCGAAACGAGUUCAACGCCGACAACCAGAUGCAGUCUUGA